AUGGUUUUCUUUCGUCCUUUUGGUACUAAACAUCUAGUUCUAUCGAUAUUCGGUGCAUCAGCUGUUUUAUGGACCAGAUCAAAGUUAGAUAAUGGUGACAACAUUCAACAUGAACAAAAUGCAAUAUCAAUGGCAACUGCAAAAUGUAUGGCGUUAAAAGAAAAACAAGGUGUACCAGGUCUUUCUGUUGGUGUAACUGUUCAUGGUCAUUUGGUAUGGAAAACUGGUUUUGGUUUAGCUGAUAUUGAAAAUAUGAUACCGUGUACAGAAAACACUGUUAUGCGUAUAGCAAGUAUUUCCAAAUGUUUUACAGCAAUAAUUGCAGCAAAAUUAGUUGAAGAUGGAAAAUUAAAAUGGGAUGAUGAUAUUCGUAAAUACUAUUCAGAAUUAUCCACAUUUCAAUUUGAGAAUAAACCGGUAACUGUCACUUUUUCUCAAUUGUUAUCACAUACGUCGGGUAUUCGACAUUACACGAAAAAAGGUGAAGAGCGACCGAUUAGCGAAUUUGAUUCGAAAGAAUAUUAUCUGAUGACAAAUUAUAAAAAUGUAGAUGAUGCACUCCAAAUAUUUAUCAAAGAUGAAUUACUUUAUGAACCAGGAACAACAUUUGAAUACACGACGCAUGGUUAUACACUAUUGAGUGCUGUUAUUGAAAAAAUUGCUAAUAAAACGUAUGCAAAUAUAAUGAAAUCGUUAUUUGAGCAAUUAAAUUUGAGGUCAACCUAUCUGGAUUAUCCAGAAGAAGUAAUUCCCAAUCGAAGUCAUUAUUAUUAUCGUCGUGAUCGUGAGUUAAAAGGCGUACCGUAUGUUGAUAAUUCAUUAAAAUGGGCGGGUGGCGGACUAUUAUCAAAUGUCAUCGAUUUAUUACUAUUUGCAAAUACCAUAUUACAAUGUCUACAGUCAGAUAGAUAUUUACGAGAAAAAAAGUUAUCAAUACAAUCAUUGCCGACCCAUCAACAACAAAAAUUUUUAAAAUCUUCAUCUGUAAAUAAACUUUGGACGCCAGUCAUUCGUGCUGAGACUGAUGAAACACCAGAAUUACUACGUCCACGAUACUAUGGUUUUGGAUGGUUUAUUUCACCAGAAAAACAUUCAUCCAUUAAUGAAUUAUCUAUGCCAUAUCAUAUUUAUCAUUCAGGAGGUGCUGUGGGAGCAACAUCAAUCUUGCUCAUUGCACCAUGCACAAAUAUCAAUUGUACUGAUUCAAAGUGUGGAAUUUGUGUAACAAUUUUAGCUAAUUUACAAAGUACAAGUGAAAUGUACAACACUGCAUUGUACAUCGCCAUGAAAAAUUUUAUGGAUUCAACAAAAAGUUUAGAAUCAUCGGGGAAUUUUCGUUUAACAGGUUUCAAAAUAUGA